AUGUCUUUUGGGUGCAACAGAGUCAGGAGAAUAAGACAGAAAACUACAGAACUAGUUGAUUCGAAUAAUUCAUCCCCCUCAUUAACAUAUGGUCAUGAAAAGCCACCAAUCAUAGUUGGUUUAAUAUUGGCCAGAAAUGAUCGUGAAAUCACAGUAUUUGGACCCAAAGGAGUACCAAUCACAGUUCCCGAGCCUUAUGAAACUUACAAAAGGCCAAUUGGAGGACUUUCAUUUAAAGAUGAAAUUCCAGAAUUGGCUCAAGCAGAUACCAGCAAGGAAGGUGACACUAUUGAACCAAGAUUGAUUGUACCAUCAACUAGUGGAAGAGAUGGAACAGCUGGUGUGGUUCUAGCUUGGCAUAACAACUGGGUCUUGGUAGCACGUUCUGAUGAUUGUGUAGUGAUCAAAAGAAUAUCAAAUAUAUUGUAUAAGAAGAUACUUGAAGCAGCUAAAUAUUUAAGUCUUGAUGAACUCCCUGAAGCACAUAAAGUUACUCUUUAUGAAUAUGAAAGCUAUAGAAAGUAUUCUAUAAUUCAUAACCCAAAACGAAGUGCUUUUAAAGAACAUGAACCAAUUGGUAGAGUUGUUAAUGGAUCACAAACAUUUUGGUCUUUAAAAGGAAUAUAUUGUUUGAGUGUGUACUGUAAAGAGUACAGACAGUAUUUGGAAAAUUCACGUAAAAGGAAAUUAGAAUUGGCGCAUGAAAAAUAUUUUGAGGAGUCACAAAGAAAUAAACAAAAAUUCAAAGGAAUGCGACACACACCAAAUGGUUUUAAGGUUGUAGAACCUACAGCUUUUGAUUUACUUACAGAGAUAACAAAUGAAUCAGAAAGUAAAUCUACAAUGAGUAAUAAUAAACAAAUUCUUAAGCAAAUCCUUUGGUCCAAACAUGAUUUGAAUUUUGAGGCUCUUCAACCAUUAAUAUAUGAUGAAAAGC